CACACCCUCGGACCACCACACUCUCGCACUUGUCUCUCUUUCCUUCCUCCAUUGGUUACCAAAUCCUUCACACGCCGCCUUUUUUGUACUUCCCAGAAGAUUUUCCGACGAGGUUCUCACUUGCUGGUGAUGAGAAAUUGCCCCCUGGAUCUCCCCGGAUUCCGGCUGGUUUCCUCCAUGUGGUUCCUCUGGUUGUUUCUCUUGUUCUGCUCUUCUGGGCCCUUCACUGAAGCAAAAUGCAAAUUUCCGGCCAUCUUCAACUUCGGCGACUCGAAUUCUGACACCGGCGGUUUCUGGGCAGCGUUUCCGGCGGAGCACAGCCCAUUUGGCAUGACCUACUUCAAGAAACCGGCUGGCCGAGCCUCCGAUGGGAGACUUGUCAUCGACUUCUUAGCUCAAGCUCUGGGCCUGCCAUUUCUUAGCCCAUAUCUGAAGUCCAUCGGCUCAGAUUUCAGGCAUGGUGCCAACUUUGCAACGGCGGCUUCCACCGUGCUGCUGCCCAACACCUCACUCUUUGUCACCGGAAUCAGCCCCUUUUCUUUGGCCAUUCAGCUCAAUCAGAUCAAAGAUCUCCAGGCUCAUGUCCUCGAGCCAAAUCAUUAUGGGAAUCUUCCCCAUCCAAAGAUCUUCAGCAAAGCACUAUACACCAUAGACAUUGGCCAGAACGACUUCACCUCCAACCUAAAUGCCAUCGGAAUUGAAGGGGUAAAGCAAUAUCUUCCUCAGGUGGCCUCGCAGAUUGCUUGGACAAUAAAGGAGUUAUAUGACAUGGGAGGGCGCAACUUCAUGGUAUUCAACCUGGCUCCAAUCGGCUGCUUUCCGGCAUUCCUCACAGAGCUCCGUCAUAAUAUCUCGGAUUUGGAUGAGUAUGGAUGCAUGAUUUCAUACAACAAUGCUGUGGUGGACUACAACAAUAUGUUGAACGAGACUCUCCAUCAAGUCCUGGACGUGCUCCAAGAUGCUUCUGUGAUAUAUGUGGAUACUCAUUCUGUUAAGCUCGAGCUUUUUCAGCAUCCCAAAGAGCAUGGCCUUCUAUAUGGAACUAAAGCCUGUUGUGGACAUGGAGGUGGUGCUUAUAACUUCGAUCCAGAGGUAUUUUGUGGAAACAGCAAGGUGAUCAAUGGUAUCAAUAUAACUGCAACUGCAUGUGAAGAUCCACAAAAUUAUGUGAGCUGGGAUGGGAUUCAUGCCACCGAAGCUGCAAACAAAAUUAUAACAUGGGCUGUGCUUGGUGGCUCUUAUUCGCAUCCUUUCUUCCCUCUUUCCAAGCUUUGUGACUUGCAGCCGAUUGGAUGAUCAACACAUGCCGAGCUCAAUAUGUAGGUAAAUAAUCCAUCAAAGUUAUGGUUGCUGGCAGGCAUAUUGCUCCGUAUCGAUGAAAAGAGGUAUUGAGGGGGAGAAAUUGAGUUGUGGUCGAGUGAAUUGCAAGGCUCCCCUAAUUCCAUAAAUUAUGAGCGGAAAUAAAAAUUAAUAGAAAAACCAUCAUUACAGUUGAAGUCUCUCAAAA